CUACAACGGAUAAUAGGACGAAACCCAAUCUUGAUACAUUAUGGUCCGAUAGCGACCUUAGCAGGCGUCUCUGCCUUGCUCGCAGGGAUCUCUGUUUUUCUUACGCAGCUUUAUCUGACUCACGAUAACUUCGGGGCUCGAGCUCGCCGACAUGUUCUCGAUCGACUUGAACGGGCAAAUAUUGUCUGUUCGCUGGUCUCUUGUUGGUGCUUGCGGACGGCAGUUCACAGGAUCGUCAAACGAUGAUUGUGUUCAAAAUCGAUUUGUCAACAACAUUGCCCUGUAUCUGAACGAAAAUGCCACUGUAAAUUGGAACACAACGGCCCCGAUAGGCACUUUUGAUUCAUCACCAGUCCAAAAUCCUCUGCCAGUGGCAUACAUACCUGGAAGAGAGCAAUUACCAGCACAAGAUUAUGCUACGGAUCUGCCUAUGGAUCCCUUUCUUCCGUAUACGCUGCAGAAGCAAGCAUCAGCUCUUUACUACCCAUUUGAUAUGUAUUCUGCAUAUGCUUCGCUCUUAGUCAUCGACACUGACAGCAAUACAUCACUGCCGAUAUCUGGCGUGAUUGGAUAUGGAAGUAUGGUGAAUUGGAUCGGUACUAGUGUGUUUUACCCGACUACAGUAGGGGACGAGACGUUGUAUGCAUUAGCCCUAACCUUCCAGCGACAAAGAAUGGUCCGAGCGUUCGCCCUCGUCCUGGUUGUCACAAACUGGGUCCUCUCUGUCACCAUUUUGUGGAUGACAAUCCUGGUGCUGUUCCAUACAAACAUUAAUGACGGCCUUAUCUUGGCUUCAACAACAGUCCUUUUUGCUCUUCCACAGAUUAGGGCCAGUAUGCCAGAUUCUCCGCCAUUUGGCGCUUUCAUUGAUAUAGCAGGUUACUUCAUGAAUGUCUGUCUCGUCAGCAUCUGCACCUCAGUUCUCCUGUUCUCGCAAUUACAGUACCAUUAUCGGCCACCAAAGAAAACCUCGGUGGAACUCCCGCCACCACAGCGAUACACUUUCAUUGCAGGCACGGAGUGAAAAGGUCGCGGAGCUCUGUGCGCUUAUUAUCUGUCGCGUGUGAGAUGAAUAGGAUUUAAUGAACACUCCCCAGAGGGCUCGUUUUCACGGGUGUUUUACCCACGCAUGGUUAGAUUGGAACUCAAU